UAAUUUUCUGAUGUAAAAUCAACAAUUGUCUUGUCCACAGAUUUGAGGGUAUUGCAUGCAGCAGUCUACAACUUUAGCUAUUGUUGGAACCAUGCUUUGAGAUAAAACAAAGUUAACGUUAUCUUCGCCUUUAGUUUAGAAGUAAAGUCGGCUGUUUUGAAGUAAGAACUGUCUGUGCUGCUGUGGAACUCAAAGAAACUGCCAUGUCAGGCCUGGAUUCGUUUGUGAAUCACACUGUUUCCAUCAUCACAGCAGAUGGCCGGGUUAUCUUUGGUGUUCUGAAGGGUUUUGACCAGACGAUAAACUUGAUCCUUGAUGACAGCCAUGAGCGAGUAUUCUCUGCCGGAGCAGGCGUGGAACAAGUCACGUUAGGGUUGUACAUUGUCCGUGGUGAUAAUGUAGCUGUAAUCGGCGAGGUUGAUGAUGGCGUUGACUCAGAGCUUGACCUUUCAGCUAUCCAUGCGGAUCCUCUUUCUUCUGUUGUCCACUGAAUAUCGAGAAGCCAAGGAAGGGGUUUUGAGGUUUUUUAAAGUUGUACAGCAAUCCAUUAGUUUGUUAGAAUCAUUAGCUACCGUAUUGUUCUUUCUGACUUGCCACUUUGUGUGUGUUUAUUUCUCAUAUCCUGAGUUGAGUUAUGUGUACACUUGGAACUUCAGAAAUUGUCAUUGCAUGGGGUAUGUGCAUACUUGCAUGUGAGUGCGGAAAUAUUGAAUUCGUACUAGUAACAGUGUCUGUGUGUUACCCUACUCUGCGUUUCAAAAGUAUGGACCUCUAGACUUUUCCAAAUACUUCAAAUUUGGUUGAGCUUUUUUGAGAAGUUUUUUUCGGGAUUUGCUUGAGCAGUUUCCACAAUUUUUCUCUUUUAGAUUUCUAAACGAUUGGAUAACAAACGGCUAAUUUCGGAAAAUUUAUGCACUACUUGAUCACAGAUUUUAUGUGGUAUAGAUGCUUGCCUAACGGUGUUUUGAAACCAGAGGUCUAUACUUUUGAA